GAUGCCGUGACGCUCGGCGACACCUGGCUGCAGCGGGCGAUCGCAGAGGGCCUGAUCCAGCCCAUCCCCGACGCCCGGCAGUACAGGUGGUGGGCCGCGCUGUACCCGCGCUGGCAGCAGCUGGUGUGCCGCGACGGCGCCGGCCAGCCCGACCCGCGGGGGGAGGUGUGGGCGGCGCCGUACCGCUGGGGGGCGACGCUGGUGGCGUACCGGCGGGACAAGCUGGGCAGGGCGGACGGCGGCGGCGGCGCGCCCAUCCGCGACUGGUCCGACCUGCUGCAGCCGCAGCUGAAGGGCCGGGUGGCUUUCAUGGACUCGCCCAGGGAUGUGGUGGGGGCUGCCCUCAAGACUCUGGGCCUCGGCUACAACUCCUCUGCCGCCGACAUACGGCGCUGCGGGCUGAGCGAGCAGGAUGUGCGCACGCGGGUGCAGCGCCUUGUCCGUGUGUUCAGCAGCAGUGACCACCUCCGAGCGCUUGGGGCAGGGGAUGUGGAUGCAGUGGUGGGGUGGUCAGACGACCUGCUGCCGCUGGUGCUGCGCACCAACAACCUGGAGGCAGCCGCGCCGCUGUCGGGCACCAGCCUGUUUGCAGACUGCUGGUGCAUCCCUGCG